CUACAUGCAUUUCCUCUUGAGGGUUCUGUUUGUGUUACAAACUGUGGUUGAUUUUCAUGCCAGUAUCUUGCACGACAGUGGCAGCAACAGUUCAAAUUUGACGAGUUUGGUACUUUGCAACUUGGGGAGUACUUCGUAUUAUGAUCCAAGUUAAGCUUAUGAAAUCCAUGAUGGACGUGAGAUUGAUCAAUACAUACUAGCCUUUAUGAGUUCUUAACAAAUGUUUAUCGAUCGGACUAAUGGUAGACCAUGGUCUGAUUGAAAAAAUGGGUUGAGGGUUAAUGCUUCAAUCGUUUUAGUUUGGGUUCGCUCAAAUAUCUGAUAAAAUUUAUUAUAUUGUUCAUAAAUUUAUAAAUUAUGUCAAAUCUAUUCUAACAUAUCUAUAAUAAUAUAUAACAUUACACAAAAAAUUAUAUUCGUUAUAUGAUCCAACAUAUAAUGAAAAUUUAAACAUCUCAUAUAACAUCAAUAUUCAAAUGUUCAACUUAGAAUUCCAAAUUUAGGGUUAGGCGAAGGAGAAAACCAUAAAGAUGAGCAUUUCGCAAUGCAAAGGAAAAAAUGACAUCGUGAUACCUCCAACCCGGACACCUUACUGUGACUCGGCCUGUUAUACGUGGUGCCUGUUUUCUUCACCGGGUUCGGAUCAAAUCGGGUCGACCAGUGGGUUAACAACCUUGGUUGAGCAGCAGGUCACUCGAUGAAGUAAGAGCAUUAUUAUUAUUAUUAUUAUUAUUAUUAUUAUUAUUAUUAUUAUUAUUAUGUCAAUAGCUCACUUGCAUUACCAAGAAAACAUAGAUAUCAAUGUCUACACACCAAAUUAAAGCCAAUGUCUAAAAUCAAAACUAUCAACACUCGCAGGAAACAAGGAAAGGGCCUUCCCGGACACAUCAUGGGCCACCCGAUUAUUACUCCUGCCUACAAACACCGUCUUAGAAGCUCGAUACUGACGACGAAGCAUGCGAAUCUCCUCAAGAAUCCACCUCUCUAAUCUUGUCAAUGAAGUUCUUCACAUCUCCCUUGAAAGUGACCGCAAUGAAACCCCUCAAAGAGCACCACUGCACAUCAUCCUGGAACGCCACCAACUCCACCAAGAAAGGAUCCUGCAAACAUGCAUACGAAAAACCAUUUGCACACAAAAUAUUAUUCGAUGCAUAAAAAACGACCAUACCACCAGAAGCAUGCGACCCACGCAUUAUGGCCCCAUCCACGAAGCACUGAAUGGGCAAAGAAGCUUCCUACCGGCCAAUGAGCCCGUGGUCACCCCACUAGCUGGCAGAGGUGGUUCCCUAGGCAGCAGCAACCAUUCACGGACUUGUUCUUCAUAUUGCCUCAAAAGAACACGAACCUCAUACUGGAAAUGAUCAAAAGCCGCCCAAUUGCGUGAUUUCCAUAUGCGUCAUAAUAAUGCCACCAACCGAACAAUCCGCUCCAUACUCUCAUCCCUCUCAAUAAAGCACAGGAAAAAGUGCAAAAUUGUCAAAGCGAUCCGCACUUUCAGGAAGAGCUAAUCCCCAACUCUCCCAUAAAGCCACUGCCACACGACAAACAAGUGCUCCAUGGUUUCUAACUCGUCCCAGCACACCGGACACUCGGAUCACAAUUCCCACCUAUCUCAAUAAUCGCCUCCAUUGUAGGCAGAAUCCGCCGCAGAAUCUGUCAUAUAAAUAACUUAAGCUUCGGUGGAAUAUGGAACCCCCAAACCUUCUUCCAGAAAGCCACAUAAAAAAAGAGACCUCCUCCUUCCAACCUUUCUGUCCCUUGUUGAGGCAAAUCGUCAAAUGAUACCCUCAUUUAACCGAGUACAGCCCCGACUACUCCUCUCCCCACACCAAUUUAUCCGGCAUCGGCAAACGCGGCAACGGGAUGAUACAUACAUCGUUGACAACCUACUGGGGAAAACAUUGUCGCAGAUAGUCCCAACACCAUUCGGCCGCAUAACCCUUCAAAAGAUCGACCACCUUCUUACUUACAAGAUUCGGCGCCUCAGGAUCCAGCCAUGGUUCAAAAAUUUGCACGUCCUCCCCAAUCCCAAGCUGCCAAAAUAGUCCUUGUAGCAACAAAUCCCUCCUAUGAAGAAUACGUACCCAACCACAAAAGGGUCGUGAUCGAGAAUGAGCAGAAAGUACAGUGUCAUGGGGGAAAUACUUAACCCUUGAACACCCGCAAAAGGAGCGAUUCCGGCUCCAUCCAAAUCUAUCAGACAACUUUCGCCAACAAAGUUUGAUUAAAGUCCUCAAAUCUUCGAAAACCAAGACCACCAUCAAAUUUGCUCCAACGUAAAUUACUUUUAUAACCAACUAGACUACAUCGUACUUGUUCCAAUUUCUUUAAUAAAAAACUAGAGACAUAUUCGGUAUUUGAUAUUUUAUAUUUUAUUUGAAGUUAGUGGUAUCUUAUUCUUAGACAAAAUAUUGAAGUGUAUGUGUGGUUUAGUUUAGACAUAUGCAUAACCAAAACUUUGACUUUUGUAAUAUGUUAAAUUGAAAUUAGUUUUACUACAAAUAUAGUCAUUCUAUCAUGAAAUAUGUUAAAUUGAACAACACCGACGUACCUAUGCUAACUAUAUUAGCAAAAUACGUUGACGUGACAUUUUUUGUUAAAUUGACAACUUGGAAUUUUAGAAAAUUUGUUCUAAUUAACUUAAAUUUAUGUGUUUCUUGUUCAUAAUUUCAUAAGAAACUAUCAAUAUCGUUUUUUGACAUGAACCACAUGCUCGGAAUGACGAUUAUGAGGCGAGUGCAUUGAAUGCACCCAAAAAAGUGGGUGCAUCGAAGCGCCACCAUAUGUGUGUGUGUGUGUGUGUGUGGUGGCUUCUAAGGUACCCCGGGUGAAUUCUAAGGUAUUGCAUACCUUGAGUAUGAAAACGCUAUCUACACAUCGAAUUAACAGGAUUUUUGGGCCUGAUACUAUUUCCUAACCCUUAAUGAGUGAACCCUAGGUCCUAAUCAUCUCAAUUAUAAACUAUAAACCCUAAGAUGGUGCAUUCAUUUUUGCCUAUAUUGAGACGAAUCAUAACUAUCGAUUAUUAUUUCUAAUUAAAUUGAUCUUGGCGUAUAAGAUUUAGAGAAUUAAGACUUAAUUUUUUUAUCUUUUCGAAAGAUAAGUCAAUUCAAGGUCUGGAUAGCGUUUUCCUACUCAAGGUAUGCGGUACACUGAAUUUCACCCUGGGUUCGUAGAACUCACCCAUAUAUAUAUGGCAAAAGCUAGCGUACGUCAGGAGUAUGUUGUAUGCAUGUGUUCACACUUGGUUUUUGCACUUCAAUAUAUUUCGCUGAAUCAGAACUGUCGGUUUGUUUUUAGAUUAAAUGAAUCUUAUGACUUGGGUUAGAAAAUUAGGGACUAGAGUUCACUCAUUAGAUGUUAGGGUAUAGUAUCAUGCCCCAAACUCCGGUUAACUAAAUUGUAAAACACGACGGACGUAUAAUGUACAUCUGACGUACGCUAGCCUCAACCAUAAAUUAGGGACUGGAGUUCACUCAUUAGAUGUUAGGGUAUAGUAUCAUGCCACAAACUCUGGUUAAUUCAUACUCUAAAUAGUAAAACACGACAAACGUAUAAUGUACGUUUGACGUACACUAGCCUGAACCAUAUAUAUAGAGAAAAAGUAGUUAUUAAGAUAAUCGGAUGAAGAAAAUACAUAUGAACUAAUUAAGUAAUUAUUACCAAUGCCACAAUUAUUAAGUAGUACAAAGAUUACUUUUGAUUCUUAAUUUACUAGUGACAAUGCCUCAAAGUCCUUUGAAAUAUGAAUGAAUUGAUUAUUAUGAAGUAAUGAAAAAUAAUAAGAUAAAUUCUUCCAACUAACGGGUUGGAUAAAAGCUAGUGUAAUUAGCUAGAUAAAAAUAUAGGGUAGUUAUCAUAAAUGGUAACAAAUCUUUUCAUUUUGUGCAAAACGGUCAUAAUCAUUUCAGUGUAAUUAGAUAGAUAAAAAUAUAGGAUAGUUAUCAUAAAUGGUCACAAACCUUUUCACUUUGAGCAAAACGGUCAUAAUCCUUUAAUUUUGCACGUUUCGAUAAUAAAGAUUUGGGCAAAUA